CCCAAGCUCAGCUUCAUGAAAUCCAUCUAUUCCCCACGUGGUCACUUGCCAUCAUUUCUAUUCGAUUUCAAGUACUCAAAAUAAUAUUUUUCCGUCUGGUAUAGCUUCACACAGUGUGUCUACCAUUUACGAUGGCUCAAGACCCCCGAGUCCUGCUUCAGAAGGCAGACAAAGCGCUGCAAGGCGCCUCAAGCGGACUAAGCUUCUUCGGCGGAAAGACAGAAAAGUACGAGAACGCUGCGGAUUUGUAUACCCAGGCCGCAAACGCUUUCAGAGUGCAGAAGCUGAACAAAGAAGCCGGGCUGGCAUUCGAAAAGGCCGCCGCAAUCCAGAAGCAAAACCUCAAUGAGCCAGACGACGCAGCAAACACGUUGCAAGAAGCCUUCAAGGUCUACCGCAAAUCUGACCCCGAGGACGCCGCUCGCGUGCUCUCGGCGGCGAUUCAGCACUACGUAUUAAAGGGGAAUCUGCGCCGGGCCGCCACACAGCAGCAGCAUCUGGCAGAGGUGUACGAGGUUGAACUGGGCGAUGCGAAGAAGGCGCUGGAAGCCUACGAGAAAGCCGCGGAGUGGUUUGACGGUGACAAUGCGGAAGCGCUCGCGAACAAGCACUACUUGAAGGUUGCGGAUCUGGCCGCCCUCGAGGGAGACUACUACAAGGCCAUUGAGAACUACGAGAGGAUCGGCCGGUCGUCCAUCACCAAUAAUCUCAUGAAGUGGUCAGUCAAGGACUACUUCCUGAAGGCGGGUAUCUGCCAUCUGGCAAGCAAGGACAUUGUCGCCGCGAACCGCGCCCUCGAGAGUUACCGCGACACCGAUCCUACAUUUGCCUCGACGCGAGAGCACCAGCUGCUCGUUGAUCUGGUGCAGGCUAUCGAGGCCAAUGACCAGGAAGCCUUCUCCGAUAAGUUGUUCCAGUAUGACCAGCUCAGCAAGCUGGACAAGUGGAAGACUACUCUCUUGCUGCGCAUUAAGAGCAAUAUCGAAGAGGCGGAGGAAGAUUUCUCUUAAGCUUGCCUCGCGUAAUUCUCGUUAUAGUGUUUGAUAGCUGAACAAGGGUUGAAUUUAUUGUGUCCCUGGUUGGACUAUCCGGAUAUUUGUCGAUUAUGCUAGAUGAUGUUGUGAUGAUCCAAAUCCAUGCGUGCCUUGUACCGGUUUUAUAUUCAAUUCUAUACAUCAAGGAGAUAAC